AAAACGUGAGAAUUUGAUAGUUUUGGUAUUUACGUAUAAUUCCAUUAAAAUGUUCACACUAUGUGGGGUUUACAGUUUAUUUAACAUAUUUCGGAUUUAGAAAACUGCAUUCGGAUUCUGGUGAUAUAUACAAUGCCCAAAAUCGCAUGUUGAGUUCUGUGGUAAUGGUGCGUGGAAUAACGCUCAAGUCAGAGAGAAAACAGUCACCGCACAUAGUAAUUGACGUUAUUUGCAGACAUCGCUAACUGAAUAGGCUAAAUCUGUUGUGGUAGAUCCAUGUUGUACAAAUAUCGAUAUAAUGACUACGUGGUUUUUGUGUGACACCAUUAGACCUCGUGAAAACUUACAGUAUUUUCAGCUUAUUCAUCUUUGUUUUCCCCUAGACUUCCCUAUCAAGUAAUUCACAUCAACUUUCUGGUUUCGCCAGUCACCGUUUCUAUUUUUAUUUUGUUUGUAGUUACUUGAAUGAAUACAGAUACUUCAUCGGAGUCGAUAAUCAGACAUUCUAGCAUCCAAUCAACGUCAAAUAGACAUCCACCACUCUGGGAUCCCGUACUAAUUGGAUGUGGGAUUACGACUGUUACUUCAUGCUACAUUUUUUGGUCAUUCAUCUCUCCUGCAUUUCGGAAAAUUUGUUUACCAUUCUUACCUGCUACGUCGACUCAGCUAGAUAAUACGUACAAGCUUCUGGAGUAUGCUCAAAGUCAAAGAGGUGAUAAGUCAUUAGGAUCCAUAAUUGAUCUAGGCAGCGGUGAUGGACGUGUGUUAAUUGAUUUAAUAAGUCGACCAACAUUGAAAAUCACUUCUGCUCAUGGUGUAGAGUUGAAUCGUCCGCUUGUUUGGUAUUCACGUUUCAACUCCUGUUGUAGUAAUAAAGUACUCACUACACCCAAAGUAACUUUCGCUUGUAAAAAUAUGUGGAAAACUAAUCUUUCCGUAUAUGAUACAGUUUUACUGUUUGGUGUAGAUUCAAUGAUGGGAUCUAUCGAACAGAAACUUAACAAAGAAUUAAAAAAUGGUUCAAUCGUCAUUACAGCCAGAUAUCCACUGCCUAAUAUCCAAGCAUCCAAAUCCAUUAUUGAUGGACCCCACUCAGUAUAUUUGUACAAAAUGUAGUUAUUACUAAUAUGACUUUGUAAUUACUUUCUGUAUAUUUAUUCAACCAUUCCUUUGUUUAACAAAUCACAAAAUGUCUUCAACUUAUUUUAUCACAUCAAUUAGCUAAUUAUUUUAAAAUAAUAUCUACCUAAAAGUUUAGUGCUCCAACAUGUAGAGCGUGAUAUCCUUCUACUAUUGGUUGAUACCCGUUUCCUUUUCUUAAAGGUUUGACCAUUGAUAGUAAUCGAGGUAAUGAUCGAUAGUCUUCUGGAAUUUUAACAAGACUGAUGGUCCAUAUCUAUUGUACUCAAUUUGGUUAUUCCGUGUCAUGAAUUCUAAUUUUCAAAACUAUACCCUCACUUUGUUUGAUCAACUAUCCUUAAAUGUAUUUAUUCGUAUGUGCUCAUCAUAUCAUCGUAGAGUUUCAUGAUAGUAUGACACUGCCUAAAUAACAGUGCGUAAAAUGCUUAAAUAUCCUUAUAUAAAUUUAGGUUUUUCACGAAUCUGACAUGGAAAUUGAACUGGUCAACAUGUUUAUUAAUUGGC